GUGUGGCGCCGGUUCAUUCCAUCUUCCGCCAUAACCGCAACACCUCGUAGACGUUUCUUUGUUUCGGGUGAUGUGAUGCAUCUUUACUAUACCCCCUCCCCUCACCCCGCCCUGCACUGCUCUGACGCAGUAUUUCCACCGCCUGAGUCGAGGAUGUGAUCCGAUCAACCCGUCGACGACAUCGUCCCCACUCCGAAUAGAAACUACGAGCACCAUGGCCGGUGGAGGAGGCAGUGGUGGCGGCGCGCGAUACCUCGAACUGCCCUUCCUCGGCGCGGCCAUCGGCAAGAAAAAGAGGCGCACCUCGGCCUCGGAGCAACCGCACGAUGCGCAAGGCAAUGCGCUGCCCAAGAAGAAGCGGUCCUUCAAACCGCGAGGCCAAUACAAGAAGAAUGGCGCAAAGGGGAGUCGGAGUAAUGGGCACACGAGCAAUCUCGAUCUCGAACUCACCAAGACGGCGGCGGAUGUGGCGCAGAUGAGCGAGGAGGAUAUUAUUAUGGACUACAAUGCGCCUAUUCAUAUGUGGGUUGUGGCGACGCUCUUUCCUCUCAUUGCUGGUACUUUUGGCCCCAUUGCGUCCAUGUUCAAUGUGUGCGCCAUUGCGACGGAUUGGAGGAUAGUGGUCAAUCCUGAAUCCCUCGAGGCCGGCGGACGCUACAUCAAAGAUCCGCCUUGGGUGAACGCCGUGAAUGUGGUAUCGCUAGCAAUCGCCCUGGUCGCCAACCUAUUCCUCCUCGGCCAAAUGACCAGCCGCAUUCGAUACAACAUCUCCGGCCCCAUCACCAUCAUCGGCUUCUUUGUCUCCGGCUUCGUCGACGUCGUCCUCGUCGCCGUCGCCUCCCACGUCCUGCCGCUGGACAUUAGCAAGCAAGAAGUCUACUCACAAGCCUUCUACUAUGCCUGCUUCUCUGGCGGCAUCUACGUCGUGCUGGCCAUCAUGCUCAGCAUGACCGCCUGGGGCAUCUGGUUUGGCCAUUACAGCGAGGAGUUCAAACUCAGCCUGUCCCAGCGCUCGCUUAUGCUGCAGACCAUGCUGUUCCUCACUUAUGUGCUAGCGGCCGGUGCGGUGUAUAGCGACAUUGAGGGCUGGGAUUACCUCGACUCCACCUACUGGGUCGUUGUCACCGUCUUCACCAUCGGUUUCGGAGACUACGCGCCCUCCACCCAUCUAGGAAGAAGUCUCUUCUUUCCCUUUGCUACCGGAGGCAUCAUCUUUGUCGGUGUGAUUAUCGCCAACAUCCGGACGGUGAUACUGGAGAGCGCGUCGGUCAAAGUAUCUACGCGCUUGGUAGAGAAGGCAAGAACUAAAGUACUCCAGAACGGAGAGCCGGCCAAGGGCAUCUUCAAGGUGCACACUCUGCUCGGCACACGGACUCACGACAUCAAUGCCGACUACGAGCUGGCUCGCCGCCGGAAAGAGUUCAACCUCAUGCGGGCCAUCCAGCGACAAGCGCACGUGCAGAACCGCCUGAUCUCCCUGGGCUUCGCCAUGACGGCCUUUUUGAUCCUGUGGUUCAUCGGCGGCGUGGUGUUCUGGCAGGCCGAGAUUCUGAGCGUGGGCGGAGAGCAGUGGACUUACUUCGACUCGAUAUACUUUACAUUCGUUGCCCAGCUGACGAUUGGAUAUGGCGAUUUCGCUCCACAAACCAACUCCGCCAAACCCGCCUUUGUCUUCUGGGCUCUCAUCUCCCUCCCGACGCUCACCGUGCUGAUAGGCUCCGUGGGCGACGCCGUCUCCUCCGUAGUAAACUGGUACACCACCUGGGUCGGCGAGCACGCCACCGCACUCUACGACAUCUUCGUCGCCCUCUACCAACCGCAUAACCGCGCGCGCGACAAAAUCCGCGACCUCAUCAAAAACCCCAACAAGAACAAAGACGAAGACGACAGGGCCGCCGACCACGGGAUCCACGAUGUCGGCGACGUGGAGAACGCGUGCGUCCUCCCGCCCGACUUCGACGCCCAGCCCUUCUCCUCCUGGCAAAUCGACACGCUCGAGCACAAGUACCGGCCGUACAUUGCGAUCAAAGCAAUGCAGAAAAUCGUCGACUCGCUCGACGAUGACCCGCCGAAAAAGUACACCUACAAGGAGUGGACUUGGCUGCUGAAGCUGAUUGGCGAGGACGAGACGACGGAGGAGGGCCACCGGCACGUCGGCCGGCCGCUGCCGGAGGGAAUGGAGGUCGCAGAGCCGGUGCGGGAGAAUGCGAGGCAAAUGUGGAGUUGGCUGGGGCAGGAGUCGCCGCUGAUGAGUCUGGCGCAUGGCUCGGAGGCGAAGUGGAUGAUUCGCAAGUUGAUGGAGAUGUUGGAGCGGGAUUUGAAGGAGCGGGCGGACGUGCGGACGGAGAUGGAGCUGGGGUACGAGGCGAGAGAGAAGGUGGACGAUGCGAUUGAGAAGGAUGAGCCGCCGUCGGAGCCCGGGGAUAACUGAUUGAUUGGGUCGAUGGUGAGUGCUGUUUUGCUUUACGGAGUUUGGGGGCUGGGGAACACGUCGUCAAGCUAGCGAGGAGUCUGGCUUGCUCUUUGGAUGGGCAAUUACUUUGGAGACAUGUGCAAUUAGGUUGGUGGGGGAGUAUGCGGUUGCUUUCUGGUUUCGUGGAUGUGUAUAGUACUCGAGAGGAGGGGGUUUUGGAUGGGAUGAAGGGAUGAUUAUGGCCGAUCGGAGUUUCGAUGUAUUGCUAGAUUACCCUGUCCAUUUUUACUCUCCAUCUUCUUGACCAUGAGAAGGGAUGUUCUUGUUAUCAUGG